AUGGAGACCGCGGGCCCGUUCGCCGCGCUCGCCGCGCAGCAGAAGAGGGCGAAGACGACCGAGGACGACGACGCGUCCGCCGCCGCGGAGUGCGACGUCUCCAUCGCGCCCGCGGUCGCGAACGCCGCGGCGAAGCCGUCGUCGCCGCUCCCGAGCGCGUCCCCCGCGUCCACGGCCCCGGGCGCGGCGCCGCGGUGGGGCGUCGCGGUGAACGACCUCGACUGGUCCUACCCCGGCAUCGACGGCCAGCCCGUCGCGGGGCAACCGCCGCUCAUCAAAAACUUCAACCUGAAGCUCGCGCCCGGGUCGUGCUGCCUCCUCCUCGGCGCGAACGGCGCGGGGAAGACGACGCUGCUGAAGAUUCUCGGCGGGAAGCACAUGGUCCCGAAGGAGAAAGUCUUGAUCCACGGCAGGGAGGCGUUCUACGACACCGGACUCACGACGAGCGGCCAACUGAGUUACAUCGGCGGCGACUGGCAGCGAGACGUCGCCUUCGCCGGGUACGGCGUCACCCUCGCGGGCGAUUUCCCCGCGUCGAAGAUGCUCAACUCCAUCCCGGGCGUGGACGAGGCGCGGCGGAAGAAAAUCAUCGAGGUGCUGGACAUCGAUCCGACGUGGCGGAUGCAUCAAGUGUCGGACGGCCAGCGGCGUCGCGUCCAGCUGGCGUACGGGCUCAUGAUUCCGUACUCGGUGCUGCUCCUCGACGAGAUCACCGUGGAUCUGGACGUCCUGGGGCGCGCGGAUCUGAUGGCGUUCCUGAGGCAGGAGUGCAUGGAGAGGAGCGUCACGAUCGUGUACGCGACGCACAUAUUCGACGGGUUGGAGCAGUUCGCGAGUCACGUCGCGUUCGUCGCCGGCGGGGAGUUGCGAUUUUGUGAGCCGAUCGAGAAGAUCGACGGGCUCAGAGACCUCGAGCCCGGGGCGUUGCUCUCGACCGUGGAGGGGUGGCUGCGCAAAGAGGCGGAGAUCAAACGAGAGGCGCUCGCGAAGAAGGGGAUCGUCCCGAAGAAGGUGUUCGAGUACGUGCGAAACAGCGGCUGGGGGAGCGGACGAACCGCGUCCACGGUGUCGUUCGGACCGGAGCUGGGGAUGAAGCACGAGGGGAUUAAAGGGUCGUCGAACGCGGUCAUGCGCGGGUGA